UCCAUACAUGUUGCUCACAUAUUAUAGUAGCCCUGUUUGUGCUAGUAGAGUGUAUUUUCACAUGUGCCAUCAAUAUAUUCAUAGAGAUUACAUAAACUGAGAAUGCGUUUCAGAAACAUUUUUGCAGAGAUAGAGUGAGCUCAAAUCGCACCCUGUUUAUUUUAUUUAUUUUACAAAAACACAAGGUUUUGAUGUUAAUACGAGUGUACAAAAAAGAAGACCCUCUAUAGUUUAUAAUCCUGUAUUGAUUUUAUUUUUAUGACCAUUAAUGACAGAGUAUUUUAAGUCUAUGUUGCAGCUAUGUGAAAAAAAAAAAACCCAAAAAAACAAACAAAUAAAAAAAACGAUCAAAACGCAGGGAUGCGUUUUUGAUCCCCAGGGGGUUAAAGACAAAUAUAUUGAUUGAUUGACUGACUGAAUGAUUAACUUAGUUAAGAAUUCUGCAUAAACACUUCCAGAAUGAGUAACACCGCUUGUUCACAAAUUGCAAGUUAAUAGUUGGGUCCAACAGAAUACUAUUACAGCCUUGGUUCCGGAGGAAAAAAAAAAAAAAAAAAAGAACAAGAAGAAGAAGAAGAAGAAGAAGAGGUCCAUUCAAAUAUACAGACAGACAAGUUGUUUGAGAGUGGAGUGAAAAAAACUCUGGUUACUUCCAAAUUGUUACACUUCCUCUCUAUGUAGUUUGCAUUAAACCACCCUUCCUGUUCCAAUGGAAAAUUUGUAUUACUUAGCAUUGCAUCACAGCAACAAACUGGUAUGUGCUGAAAUGUGUCACUCAAACUAAGGCAAGAGUGAAAUUAUACAUUUUGUUAAAAAUAAAAUAAAGUCACUGUUUCCAAACUCUGAGAUCCUUUGGAAGGACCUGAAUGUUUCUGUGUUUGCACAAUUUCUUUUCUUUACAAAGAUAAAUAUAAAGUUCCCACCUCAAUAAAAAGCUGUGAGCGAGUGCAGACAGGCACGUCUGCCACAUAAUACAACAUUAAAAAGCUAUAUUCGUGAAUAACGUGUCGCCCUUGGCUUGUCGUGGGUUGGAAUUUAAAGGGGAAUCAGAUAUGCAUGUUUAGACGGAGGUCGGAUGUCCAGAUAUCGGAUAAGUAUCGGAUUUAAAACCAUGUUUGGAAGUGGCUAAAAUCUGAUCUCGUGCAGAUUUAUUUGUUUACACGUGUGCAACAAAUUCCAAUCUGUGUCAGAUGUGAGUAAAAAAUCAGAUUCUUUGUGCCAGUGUAAACGCAGCCAUGGAGUGUGUGGGCUACAUUCCCAAUCCUACCUGGCAUUGAGCUCAUCUGCAGAGAAUGUUUGUUCUUAGAUUAGUCUGAUUGAGCUUGACGGUUGUGUAGGUGACCUCCAUUGAUUCUAUGUGAUGUGUGUUUCAAUGUGUUGGAAAGCUACAUCCCAAUGGAUUGUUCCCUUAAGAGAGAAAUAUAAAGUCAUUGGAGCUUACGGCUGAAUUGGAUUUCUUCUAAACUAUGCAGAGAAGAUUUGGGUCAAUGCUUUUAUAUGAGGAUGAUUGGAUCUUAGUUGUUCUCCAUCUGAAAAACUACUAGGAUGAGCAUAAAAAGAUGAGCAAAAAAAAAAAAAAAAAUGUUGUCACUAUAAGCUAUGGGGUUGUUGGUUGCUAGGGUGUUUGCAAGGUUAACUGGAGGCAACCUACAAGUCUCUGAUAUUUUGGUCCCUCUUGGAAUGUAAGUUCAUAAGAUUUUACCAUCAAUUUUAUUGACCGCUGGAGAAAAAGUCUACCAGUAAGUCUGAUUGCUUAAAAAAAAACAUAAUGGCAGCUCUCAAUAGUUUACUAAAUUUGAAGCAUAAUUUGUGUCUCUGUAUUUUUAAGAUUCGUUCAUUUUGAUGAACAAGUUCGAACAGGAGAGUCACGAACGUGCAUCAGAGAACAGAGCAAGUCAAGUCUUUCUUCCAGGGUUAAGCAGAACAGAGCUACACUCAUAAUUGACAAAAGCUUUUCAAAGCAAAGCUCAUCUCUUGGAAUCUUGGGAAUAAUUUGAAGUGAGAGCAUUUUCAGGCAGUGAAGCACCCACAGCCAUUCAUGAGAGUUUAAAUGCUGGGGAAUAUUCACAUCUUCCCACAGAAGAAGAAGGAGCAAGCAGGAGGAAUUACUCCAGGAGAAACUACAGACAUACUAUUGUAAAGAUGGAGAUUAUGGAAGAACCCUGCAGAAUAAAUGAUGAAGAUACAGAGGAACAAAUAGACCUGAUGGAAGUGAAUGGAGACAAACAGCAUCAGUAUCAAAAAACGCAUUAUUUCACUAAUGAAGAUGGAAUUUCAAACAGAAGAAAAGAGAAUUUCACACAGAAACAAGCUGAAGGAUCUUCAACCUGUUCUGAGUGUGGAAAGAGUUUUGGAUGUAAAUCAACCCUGAACAAGCACAUGAAGAUUCACACUGGAGAAAGGCCUCAUACAUGCACUCAGUGCGGAAAGAGUUUCAAACUCAAUGGACAACUAAAAGUGCACAUGAGGAUUCACACUGGAGAAAGGCCUUUUGCAUGCACUCAGUGUGGAAACAGUUUCAAGCACCAAGGACACCUAGAUAAUCACAUGAGAAUUCACACUGGAGAAAAACCAUUCACAUGCUCUCAGUGUGGAAAGGGUUUCACUCGCAAAAACUCUCUCAAUAAUCAUCUGCAUUGUCACUCUGGAGUGAGAUCAUUCAGCUGUGAUCAGUGUGAUAAAACAUUUGUUCUUGAAUUAAGCUUAAGAAACCACCUUAAAGUGCAUUCUGCUGUGAAGCCUCACUUUUGUUCUGUAUGUGGAAAGUGUUUUUCACAACUUGAAACUUUAAAAGGGCAUGAGCGUAUUCAUGCUGGUGUGAGACCUUAUAUGUGCUUUGACUGUGGAAAGACUUUCAUUUCAUCCGGCAACUUAAAAUCACAUCAGAGAGUUCAUACUGGAGAGAAACCGCACCAGUGUUCACACUGUGGAAAGAGUUUCUCUCAGUUAGGACAACUGAAAACUCAUGAGAGAGUUCAUACUGGAGAGAAGCCGCACCAGUGCUCUUCAUGUGGGAAGGGUUUCAGUCAUUUAUCUAGUCUACUGAAACAUAAGAAAAAUCAUUGCCCGAAGGUGUCUAAGUGAGUAAAGUUCACUUACAUAACUUGUAAAUAAGCAAAAUAUGGCAUAUCCUUUAAAACUGCAUUUUAUUGUUAAAAAUUAGUAUUGAAAUUUGAUUGUUUGACAAGGGGAACUGGUUAAAAUUGUUGUGAACAGCAUUGUAAGUGUUGCAUGUGUUGUUCUUCCGACACCCGUAAUGAUGCUCUGUUGUGAUGCACAUGUGCAGUAAACACUGAAUGUUACUGUAUACAAAAUGAACAGAACAAUAAAGCAA